CAGGACCUUGAACCUUGGGCUAAUAAUUUCACAACUGAGAUGGCUUCAUCUACACCCUUGGAACUAUACCCAUUAGAACCCUUAAGGAUUUUGAAGCCAGCCUUAUACAUGGAUAAGCUUAUACCUUGAUAGAUGGAAGAUGAGGCGCAAUGAAGCUGCUUUGCUGUGACUCCUUUUAUUCCUAGGACUAGGGAGCAGAGCUUGAGAGGAGGAAGAAGAAAGUGUACUAUUUUUGAAAUGAAAUUAAGCCAAGAAAAAUUGAGGCUGGCAUUUCCUCUGAGAGGUGCUAGACUCAAGUUGUUCUUUAAAGGAAAAAUUUUGAAACCCUUCUUUGGAGCUUUUGGAGAGCCCUAGAAGCUCUGCAAUGAAUUGAAUAUGUGAGUGCCUGUGCUGUGAAGAUGUAGGGAUGCUCCCUGUCCUCAAGAUGCUCACAUCCAGAAGAAUGCAUUUUAAAAGGUCUAGCACAGGAUGAGGAUAAAGAAGAGAGUGGACUCAGGAACCUACCUCCUAGCCUGGCUCUACUACUUCCUGGCUGGCUGACUUUGAGCAAAUGCCUUUGUUCCCGUCCUCUGUAUGGUAGAGAUCAUAAGAGCAUUACCCUCAAGGGGUUAUCAUGAGAAUUCCAUGGGGGCCUCACAUUCAGAUCUAAAGAGACAUAUGGAGCUCUGGGGGUACUGCACUGGCUGCUUAGGAAUAGGCAGGCGGGCACGGGGAUUCUCUGCCUUCUUAAAGGGGAGCGUGUGCUGUAGACCUGCUGCUUAAUCGUGUCCUUCCCAGAGAUAAAGCAGUUGCUCACCUGAAAAGCCUUGGAAGAUAAAAAAACCAAGGCACAGAACAAGUUAGUGGCAGAACAGAGAUUCCAAUGAAGACCUCUUUGACUCUGAUCCUGUGUUCUCACUGCCUCUUGUACUGCCUCUCUGUAAUUAAAUAAAUUAUGGUGUCUACUCAGCCAUUAACAGUUGAUGUUUGGAUUCAGGUGCAGUGGUGCCUGCCUGUAGUACUGGCUACUCAGGAGGCUGAGGUGGGAGGAUCACUUGAACCCAAGAAUUUAAGGUCAACUUAGGUCGGAGAUGUCUGCCCAGAGGUUAAUUUCUAACAGAACCUCCCAGCAAUCAGCAUCUAAUUCUGAUUACACCUGGGAAUAUGAAUAUUAUGAGAUUGGACCAGUUUCCUUUGAAGGCCUGAAGGCUCAUAAAUAUUCCAUUGUGAUUGGAUUUUGGGUUGGUCUUGCAGUCUUCGUGAUUUUUAUGUUUUUUGUGCUGACCUUGCUGACCAAGACAGGAGCCCCACACCAAGACAAUGCAGAGUCCUCAGAGAAGAGAUUCAGAAUGAACAGCUUUGUGUCAGACUUUGGAAGACCUCUGGAGCCAGAUAAAGUAUUUUCUCGCCAAGGCAACGAGGAGUCCAGGUCUCUCUUUCACUGCUACAUCAAUGAGGUGGAACGCUUGGACAGAGCCAAAGCUUGUCACCAGACCACAGCCCUUGACAGUGACGUCCAACUCCAGGAAGCCAUCAGAAGCAGUGGGCAGCCAGAGGAGGAGCUGAACAGGCUCAUGAAGUUUGACAUCCCCAACUUUGUGAACACAGACCAGAACUCCUUUGGGGAGGAUGAUCUUCUGAUUUCUGAACCACCUAUUGUUCUGGAAACUAAGCCACUUUCCCAGACCUCACAUAAAGACCUGGAUUGAGAAACAUGCUCUGUAAAGGGUCUUCCUGAAGAUGUGGAUUCUAUCUUUAUGUAGCAAGAAAUCUACAUCCACCAAAAUUGUGUGUGUUUGGGGGAGAGAGAGACAUAGAGAUAGAGACAGAGAGGCAGAGAAGAGACCCCUUUAGAAGAGAGCUGAGCUGAUUAAGCUGAGUGGUUUUUUGUUUUGUUUUGUUUUUGCUUUUUAAUACAUUUGGAGCUUUGGGAGUAUUAAAGUAUUUACACCAAGCUUGUCCAACCCGCGGCAUGUGUCCCAGGACAGCUUUGAAUGUGGCCCAAUACAAAUUUUAAACUUUAUUAAAACAUGAGAUUUUUUUUUUUUUUUUUUUGCUAUUUUUUUUAAAGCUCAUCAGCUAUCGUUAGUGUUAGUGUACUUUAUGUGUGGCCCAAGACAACUCUUCUUCCAGUGUGGCACAGGGAAGCUAAAAGAUUGGACACCUCUGAUUUAUACUAGCUCGUCUUGCUUGUUGAAAAAUUUGGCCAAAUACCUAUUGUCAGCAUUCUUGGGUGAGGAUUAGCCUACCAUGUUCUAAUCUGGCCCUGCCACUACUAUGCUCUACCUUUAGUGAGUUGCUUUACCUCUCUGGGCUGCCCCAUUUUUAACUGUAGGUUGACAGGUCUAGAGUGAUCCAUCCCACCUCUAAUAUUUUGUGAAUUUAUGACUUUGCCUUCAGAUGAGGCUGAGCUAUACAUAAAACAGUAUAAACUAGGGUACUGCCUCGUAUCUCUUGUAGGCUCUCUUAAAUCUCUGUACCUUCCACUCAACCCUAAUUGAGCCAAGCUUUAGUCAGGGGAUCUGGUUGUCUACCAGAAUGUCAGGAGACUCAUCUUACACAGUCAUGGUGGCCAAUGUUUCUGGUGGGUUGUGCUGAAACAGCUCUUCUGAGAACUUCCAACCACCCAUGCUCUAACCUGGAGACAGCCAUCCCCUGCCUCAGAAUAAGUACCAAUUCGUAGUACAUGUAUGGUACUCUUGUCCCCAAGAAAUGUUAGGAAGCUUGUCAGCUGAAUGAGAGGAGGUGCCUUCUGGGUAUCUCUGUGUUGGUGUAUCUGUGCCACUGGCUACAGAACAAGAAAAAUACUAUUUGCCAUGAUAUUACCUUGGCAGAUGUGUAGGUGAUAGUCAUCUGGCUUUGAGCUGAGAUGGUCAGUGGGUUGUAAAUUCCCCACUAGCAGAUAUUCAGGGUGGCCUGAGUUAUGUAAACAAGUGAGCAACACAGCUUUAAUUUCAUGGAGGAAUCAAAGCUGCACACUGGUAUUAAAACAACUUGAUUGUGCGCACACAGUUGCAUGCAUGGCAAGCUGUUAACCUCUGGGUGGCAUUUUCAUUAUGAAUUUGUUCACCACCUGUCUUGCUUAAGCUACAAAAUAAAUGCAUUUGAGUGCA